GUCCCCAAGGCGCCCCGCGGUGUCCGUGCCAGGUGUACUGGCCGUAUCUGCUGAUCAGCAAGAAGCGCUACGCCGGGCUGUGCUUCUCGUCGCGGCCGGACGUGCACGACAAGCUGGACUGCAAGGGCAUGGAGGCGGUGCGGCGGGACAACUGCCCCCUGGUGGCCAACCUGGUCACUGCGUGUCUGCAGCGCAUCCUGCUGCACCGGGACCCGCAGGGCGCCGUGGCCCACGCGCAGGACGUGAUCUCAGACCUGCUGUGUAACCGCGUGGACGUGUCGCAGCUCGUUAUCACCAAGGAGUUAACGAGGGCCGCCAGCCAGUACGCAGCGCCGCAGGCACACGUCCGGCUGGCUGAGAGGUGGGGGCUGCGGGGGGGGCGGGGGGACAUCAUGGAGGGACGUGGGGACAUCAUGGAGGGAC